AUGGAUUGUUGCAAACAACUCACGAUGUUUGGGGUCACUUUCUCUAUGGCGUUGACAGAGCCCCAGCGUUUAUCAAGCAGAAACAACAGACAACAAUCCAAAAAUACGACAGUCAAGCCCACGCCAGCUAUGCGCCGCUGUAUCAGGAAUAAUCUGAUGGACCCAUGGACGUACAGAGACGUCCAUGCUCUGCUUUACACUGGUUUCAGACUCGGAUGGAUCAAGGAACCAACCAGCACACACGAGUGA